AUGUUCUGGCGAAUGGCGGGAUUGUCGACGGCGUCUGCCGUUGAGGCAAUUUUGGACAAAGAUAGCUUCACAUUAGAAGAACUUCUUGACGAGGAUGAAAUUAUUCAAGAAUGCAAAGCCCUGAACGGACGGCUCUUAAAUUUCUUGAGAGAAAGAGUGCAAGUGGAACAACUGAUUAGGUACAUAAUAGAGGAGCCUCUGGAGGAUGUGGAAAAGAAGCGAACAUUCAAGUUUCCUUUCAUUGCAUGUGAAAUUUUCACAUGUGAGAUUGAAAUGAUUCUAAAAACCCUAGUAGAGGAUGAGGAGUUGAUGUCAUUGCUGUUUUCAUUUUUGGAAGCUAAAGAAACUCAUAACUCAUUGCUGGCCGGGUACUUCAGCAAGGUUGUCAUUUGUCUACUGGUGCGGAAGACGAUCCCUUUCAUGCUGUUCAUACAAGAUCAUCAAGAAAUACUGAAGCAUCUUGUUGAUUUGAUUGGUAUUACAUCUAUAAUGGAGGUUUUAAAACGACUGCUCGGUACUGAUGAACACCUAUAUUCAAACUACACAAGUGCAAUGCAGUGGGUAGAAGAUACAGAUGUUUUAGAGAUGAUUGUAGACAAGUUUGGCUCCUCGGAUUGCCCCGAGGUACAUGCCAACGCAGCUGAAACUCUUUGUACUGUAGCAAGAUACGCACCCCCUGGUCUUGCAACAAAACUUUCCAGCCCCAGCUGCACUGGAAGGUUGUUAAAACAUACUUUAGAAAAUUCACGGCCUAAGUCUGUUCUGGUUAAUGCGUUGUCUGUAUGCAUAUCUCUGCUGGAUCCUAAGAGGUUUACAUUGGGGACUUAUCAUAUAUAUGGUCGUCAACUAGCCCAUGGAAGCAUGGUAACUAAUCCGGAGACAGUUGAAGGAAUGCUUGGAAGCUUAGGUGAUUUACUUACGCUUUUGAAUGUUUCAUCUGCUGAGGGUGUUCUGUUUACAACCUAUGGCAAGUUGCAACCACCUCUUGGUAAACACAGAUUAAAGAUUGUAGAGUUUAUUUCAGUCUUACUCACAGUCGGUAGUGAAGCAGCAGAGAAGGAAGUAAUUCGACUUGGAGCGGUGAAAAGAGUUUUGGAUUUGUUCUACGAGUAUCCAUACAACAAUUUUUUGCAUCACCACGUGGAGAAUGUAAUUCACUCAUGUUUAGAGAGCAAAAACUCUCAACUUCUUGAUCAUCUUCUCAGUGAAUGCAACCUUAUUGGGAGUAUACUAGAAGCGGAAAAAGACUCCACAUUAACUGCUGCUGAUUCUGAUAAGCUUCAGCCUACAGUCCCUGCAGAGGGUAAAAAGCCACUCAGGAUUGGAAGCAUUGGUCAUUUGACUCGUAUCUCGAACAAACUUCUUCAGCUAGCUAAUACCAACGCCGAAAUUCAGUCACAUUUGCAGGAAAAUAGCAAAUGGGUGGACUGGCAGACAGAUGUCCUAUCAAAGCGUAAUACAUUGGAGAAUGUCUAUUCUUGGGCAUGCGGGAGGCCAACUUCACUCCAUGAUCGUAAUAGAGAUAGCGAUGAUGAUGAUUACCAUGAUAGGGACUAUGAUGUGGCAGCCUUAGCAAACAACUUGAGCCAGGCCUUUAGAUAUGGGAUUUACAGCAACGAUGACAUGGAUGAGACCCAAGGCACUAUGGAACGCGAUGAUGAGGAUGUCUACUUUGAUGAUGAAUCUGCAGAAGUCGUCAUCUCUUCCUUGCGCCUUGGAGAUGAUCAGGAGAGCGAUUCUCUCUUCACAAAUUCAAACUGGUUUGCUUUCGAUGAAGAAAAAGCUGCGAAUGAGCAAUCAGUGAGCUCAAUGGCUUCCCCUUCACCCAAUGCUGAUGGAGAUGGUGAUGAUGAUGAUGAUGAUGUCGUCAUAGGUGAAGCCGAGGAUGACUUCAAAGACACUGCAGGCUCUUCCCCGCCUACUGAUAUGGAAACAGAGGAUUCUACAUCAAAGAAUCCUUCUGAAAACCCGAGUGAACCAGAACCUGAAAAAUCACCUGCUUGGGUUGAAUGGAGAGAGACCUCUGACUCCACUCCGCCUUCUUCCAACGCAGAUGAUGCUACCGUAUUGCCCAAUGGUGAGGUUCAAAUCGACAAAGAGGAUCAUGGUGAUGAUACCGAUAAAAAAAGUGAAGAGAUUUCACCACCAGGUGCAUGCGACGUUGAAAUCACAGAGAAGUCACCAGAGGCAAGUGGCGAUGAAACCACAGAGAAGUCAUCAGCGGCAAGUAGCGUUGAAACCACAGAGAAGUCAUCAGCGGCAAGUAGCGUUGAAACCACAGAGAAGUCACCAGAGACAAGUGGCGUUGCAACUACUGAGAGCUCUCCAGAGGCAAGUGGCACUGAAGUAACCGAGAACUUGGGCGAUUCUGAUGCGUCAAAACCAGCAGAAUCUGAAACUCAUGAGGAUGCUCAAAGCUCUGAACCUACAAGCCCACAGGAGACAAAGAAGAACCAGGAAGCAGAGGUUACAGCAGUAGCAGAUGCCAAAGAAACCGAAGAAGCUGUCAAGGAACCAGAGAAGGUAGUGUGA